AUGGCUCCAAAGCCAAAGAAAACCGACAGCUCGCAGCUUUCGCGCCUUCGAUCAGAUUCAAGCCACUCACCUGCGCUCACUUCAGACAACCCUCGCCUAUUUUCAUCUUCCGCCCAAACACAGCCCCAUCAAUCCACUCCGAGAUCCGAUGAAGCUGCUCGAUUCACUCCUCUCUCAAGACUUUUUCGACGUAACCGCACCAGUACUACACCAAAUGAUGCUCAUCAACUGGCCUUGGAAGCCUCCCUUCCCAUAUUUGAGCCCAACUCCCCGGCCCCGGCCCCGGCCCCGGCUCCGCCUCUUCCCACUCCUCUCCUGGCGGGGUGCCCUGGUCGCGAGAUCACAGGAGCAAAGUCCAACGGCCGCGAAUGGGCUUGUGAUUUGGACGAGCCUCCUGUCUUGGGCUAUUCCGAAGAACUUUCCAAGACGGAAUUUCAUGAGCACCCACUUGCUCAUUACAUUGAGCUAGAAAAGGGCUGGGAGAAGCACCAGCUUGCUCUGUAUGGCCUCAUAUUGCCUGCCAAAGUUGAGAACGGCACUCCUAUCUAUACCUGGGAAAGCGAUCCCGAAGACGAAGAGGACAUGGACAAGGCGUUGGUGCUUUCAAAGGAGAAAAGACAGCCUUCCAAGCCAGGUACACAAGGAGAACGACCUCGAACACCCUCGAACAUUCUGCACAAGGUCAAGUCUUUCGCAACCUUUAUUGCAAUGUCUGAUGUGGAGAAGGACGUUCCAGAGCUCCCAACACUGAAAGAACUGCUCGACCAGUUCGGCUUACCACCCGCAACUCCACAUGAAUCAGCUCCUCGAAGCUUUCUUCGUCCGACCAGAUCCAGCAGCUCCCUCCGUCCAAAGACGCCCACUCGAUCCGUCCCUAGUGCCACCAAGUUGCGCUACAAGCGAAGUGCCGGAAUUGAAAGGUCCCAGAUUUCCAACCCCAUCGCCCCCGAGGAAAUGAGACGGGUAGGCUCCGACUUCAGCCAGGCUAUGGCUAGACGCAGCAGAAACGUUUCCGGAGGCGAGCGAGACUCGCUCUAUGCGUCAUCUUUGCGAAGCCCCUCGAACUUGAUUUCACCAUCCAUUUCGUCAAGUGUCCCUCUCUAUCUUCUUCAGCCUCAACACCCCACCAUCUACUUUGGGAACAAUGAAGCCCCUCCUGAAUUCUGGCUUGCUCCCCCUCGGUUGUCUCCCAUGGAGUACGCUCGGCAGUAUCUCAUUGCUAAAGCUAAUGCAGACAGGGAACAAAUGGACUGCACAGUCCGCAAGCCGGGUAGUAUCUGGGCUUGGACAGAAGACUUCAAGGAGUUUCUUCUGCUUCCGCAACUUCCCGCAGGCCUCGAAAGAAACUUCUUACCAACCGAUGGCAAACAUUGGAAGCUUUCCAAGAUGGCUCCGUCUUCCAACCACAAAGAUGCUGGAAAGAGAAGUUCAUUCAUUCCUCUUUUCUUGGAUCUGGGCCCUUCAUCGCCUCUCAUGCCUGCCCAUUUCCACAGCAACUCAUACUCUUUCAUCGGCCCGGGCCAUAAGUAUCGUUCAUCCAGUGAUGGAUUCUCCCUCAAUCGUCCCGCUUCGGCCAGAUAUGAGAGCCUAUUGCAGUCGACAAGGUUACUGCUAAACGAUCCUUCCACCCCCAUUGCUAACGAAGAUAAGAAUUGCUUUACUGAGGUUUUUGCGCCACAGUUCAUGCGGAGACAAAAACUUCAACAUACUUUGGACGACGCUUUGACGCCACAGGUUGAAGAUGAGACAUUUUACCAAAGCAUGUCAGAUAAUGAAGCUGAUAUUGAAGAUACCUCUUCCAUCUACUCACAGGAUAGUGCUGUUACAGCAGUUCGCCAUCCUUUGACUGGAUGUCGCCCUCCUCCUACAGACUUGAUGUUGCUGGCGCCCACGACCAGUGAGUUUGGGAACGAAGAGAGUUUGACCCCGCGCCAAGAGGAGAACCUUCCUUCCAAUGUCGCUCACUCUCAGGAAAGAGCCUCACGACGCUCACCGGUCCUUCAAGCUCUUUCAUACACCCCACGUUCAGAGUCUGCUCAGUCUUACGCCACUCAUGAGCAAACUUACGGCUUUUCUGACAAUAGAUACUCCCAAGCUCCAUCUAGUACCAUCAGCAACUUUUCGUCGCAAGCAACUGGACCUGCGGUGGAUCAACACAAUCGCUACUCUGCUGCUUCUCAAGUGAGUUCAGCCACGUCUGUUUCGACAUCCGCUUCUUUUCGCCUUCCCAUCCAGGAGACUCCGGCCUUCUUGGCAAACGAUUAUGCCAAGGCUAGCAGGAAGUAUGCGCGCCAUGCAGGCACUGAGAAGCCAGCCCCGGAGACGUCUUCCAGAAUCACCCACUCGGGGGCUAAGGAUCCUCUCCCGCCCUCCCGGAGCUCUGUCACCAAACAUUCGUCAUCUUCUUCUGGCCUCCCGACUUCAGUCACCUCACUUGCCGCCGAUUCUGGAGCGUAUUACCGCGAGAAGCGCCUUCCGAAACGCCCAGAGCCGGCCCAAAGAGAUCCUGUCACCGAGGCCAUCGAGUCUCGCAAUUCAAACCUUCCGUCUCUACACGUCAGAAGACGCAGGGCUGUCCCGAGUCUUCCUCAGAUAUCAGCGUCUCAAGCAUACCCAAAGCCGCUCCGUCUCAGCACGAUGAAGAGCCCCGGCCCAGCUUCUACAGCGGCGAACUCCGAUCGCGCAGUUUCCGCCGCCAGCACUGGGACUGUCGUUCCUUCAACUUCAAGACUCAUCGCGGACAUCGGAAAUGAGUUGGACCGCGAGAUGGAAGAGGUCUUGUCGCCUCGCAGUGCUGCCUUGGCUCAACGAUCGAUGACACCCAAGAACGAUGCUGAUGUUGCUACGCCUACUCGUCGACCCCGCCAAGUCCAGUCGAUGAAGUCGAUUCCCUUUGAUGCGCCUCCUCUCCCGGCACCCAACAAACCGCUGCCUUCCAUCCCAAGACCCAAGUCAAAGCCAGAAGCUGCUGGUUCUGCCUUCAUCGAUGCCAAUUUUGGUCCAGGCCCUGCCAGGUCUUACGUUCCUGCCCGCCCGCCGCCGCCCAUUCCAGUCUUGAAGCCCAUUGAUACCACUUCCCCGUCUGCUUUCGAUACUUCUUUUGACGACGCCGUCACCCGAGCCGACUUUUCGAUCAAGAGAGACCGGACCGUUCGUCCUGCAGUCUCCAUGGCGGCGAUGUCGCCUCGUCCAACACCUUUGGUCGACCAGCGCCAGCAGCGUGCUCAUCAGCAGGGACCGGCGGCUUAUGUGCAAAAGCCCGCCAACGUGCCCUCUCGAUUCUUGGGUAAGAUGGCAUCGAUGGCCGAGCUCAAGCACAGGAGAGACACGAAUUCGAGUCGUUCGACCGACAGCGAGAAUUCCGUGGGAAUGAGGACUUUCCUUAGCGAGGACAGUGCUGCUCCUGCUGCGGCCCCAUCGUCAUCGAGAGACAAGUCUAUGGAAGGCUCGAAGCGGAAGUUCCUGAGCAACCUUUUCAAGAGAAACCGAAAGGAUGGAGAGAAGUAA